GUGGCCGAGAGAAUAAAAUGCCCAUCUUGAUAUCCAAGAUAUUUAAGGGGCUGGCAGCGGAUCAGACGGAGGCACUGUACGUGGGAGACGCCAUCCUCUCUGUGAACGGGACCGACCUUUCAGAGGCAACGCACGAUGAGGCAGUGCAGGCGCUGAAGAAGACUGGCAAGGAGGUGGUCUUGGAAGUGAAGUACAUGAAGGAGAUCUCCCCGUAUUUCAAGAACUCCUCCUCCGGGGCCACCGUCAGCUGGGACCCCUCUCCCUCCACCUCCCUCCAGAAACAAGCUUCCCCCAUCCUCUCCCUGCGAGACCUCAAGGAAGGGAAGAACCUGCCUUUAAAAAUGUGCUACGUGUCACGCAAGUGUCUCCCGAACGACCCGGAGCACAGAUACCUGGAAGUGUGCUCAGCCGAUGGGCGCGUUCCCCUCUUCCUGCGGGCCAAGGACGAAGUGACGGCCCAGUCGUGGUUCAGCGCCAUCCAGGCCAAUGCCAACGCCCUGCUUCCCAAGGUCAAGGAGGAGCUGAGAGCCCAGCUGGCCGGUGCCGGUGUCGCGGGGAGUAAGGACAUCAAGCAUGUCGGCUGGCUCACGGAGCAGCUCCCCAGCGAUGGGACGAGGAAUGUCCUGGCCAUCCUGACCGAAAAGGAUCUCCUCUUCUACAACAGCCUCCCGCAGAACAGGGACGCCCUGAACAAGCCGACACACAACUACCCCCUCAUAGCCACCAGUGUGGAGGCCUGCACAUGGAACGGGCCCAUCCACAUUGACAAAGGCUUCACCAUCUUCACCACCGAGCCCGGGCUUAGCAAGACAAUCCUGCUCCAGCAGCCCUUCGAGAAGCUGCAAAUGUCCUCUGACGAUGGCACAAAGAUGCUCUACUUGGACUUUGGUGGCCCAGAGGGAGAGAUUCAAUUGGACCUUCACUCCUGCCCCAAAACCAUUGUCUUCAUCAUCCACUCAUUCCUCUCAGCCAAGGUGACCCGGCUUGGGCUGCUGGUGUGAAGACAGAGGAAAGAGCCAGACAGAGCAGUACCCAACACCUCCAUGAGAUCUAUGCACCUACAACUCCCUCCAGGCCAAACCAAACCAAAAGCCAUCCAGAUGAGACAAGAACCCCUGGGUCACGCCACAACAGCCAAGGAAAAACACUAGCCAUCCAGAAAAAAACACUGCUGGGGCAUCUUCUGGUCAGCUGUAGUCAGAAGCCGCUCUCGGACGCAGUGCCAGGACUUCUCUGGUCCCACGUGGAGCAGCUGCUCUGUCCCCUCCUGCCUCCGACAUUGUCACUCACCGGAAGCUUGAAAAGUCCCCAGUGGAGAGCCUACCCCGACCGGCCACGCUAUCACUGUAGUGCCUUGUGAGAUGAUAUUUUCUGUACAAAGAAUCUGUUUUUAUUGAUGUUUUAUAUUUAUAUAGCCCAGUUAAAGAUGCUGAUGUGGCAGCUUCCGUCCGCCUGUUUUAAGCCCCAGGAGAGUCCUCAAAUACUGUGCAAGCACGCAUGUCUCUUCCUCCAGACAUGCAUUUUAGAAAUGCAAUGGCUGGAGACCCGAGCCAAAUCCUUACUGCUUGAGAGCUGGGAACUCCAGAUGAGCGCUCUAUUUGCCAAUUUAUUCGGUAUUAUAGCUGAUGAUAGGAACCACUUUUCUUUGCUAGAUUUGGAUGGUUCGUUUUCUUUUGCUAACUCCUGGAUCCAGGAUCAUUUUAUUUCUUGGUUUAUGGGGGAAGGGAGGGGUUGUCAGGUGGCUGGUGGAAAACAACUUGUUUUAUGAACCAAAAGAUUCUGCAUGAAAAUUACUAAUUUUUUUGGUGAAAUAAACAUUGCAGAUCAUGAACAGUGGGAGCCAAGAUCAGUCUCCUGUUUUGCUUAGAGAAGUAGAAAUGCUGUGUAAGGGAGAUACUUGCACUGUGCCUUGAGAU